CAGCCUAUCAUAAAUCGUUUGAAUCUGAAAACGGGAGAAAUAUAAAGGCGGCUGCUGGCUGUCCCUUGGCUUACACUGCGUUUCUUUUCUGGAGCAAACAGUGUUGCGUAGAACGUGAAUUGCAAUGUCAGGCCGAGGCAAGCAGGGAGGUAAAGCGAGGGCCAAGGCAAAGUCUCGCUCCUCGCGGGCUGGGCUGCAGUUCCCGGUGGGCCGUGUGCACCGGCUGCUCCGCAAAGGUAAUUACGCUGAGCGGGUGGGGGCUGGAGCUCCGGUCUAUAUGGCCGCGGUGCUGGAGUAUCUGACCGCUGAGAUUCUCGAGUUAGCCGGCAACGCUGCUCGGGACAACAAGAAAACUAGGAUCAUCCCCCGUCACCUGCAGCUCGCCAUCCGUAACGACGAGGAGCUCAAUAAGCUCCUGGGGAAAGUGACGAUCGCUCAGGGGGGUGUCCUGCCCAACAUCCAGGCCGUGCUGCUGCCCAAAAAAACGGAGAGCCACAAGGCCAAGAGCAAGUAAAGCUGACUGAGGAAUAAACACUUCGACUUUAAAACUACCCUAACGGCUCUUUUCAGAGCCACCCACAAAGUCAAAAAAGGGUUUGAUUAUCUCCAAAAGUUCUGGUAGGAAUCGUGUAUUCGUCAAAUGGUGAAAUCCCCCUCUUACAAAAAUCAACGUAACAAAUCAAUCAAAUAAGAUAUAACUGAUA